AUGCUAAAAAUCCUAAUUCCCACAUUCAUACUAAUUCCACUCACCUGAUGAUCCAAAAACCCUUGAUUAUGAAUCAACCCAACAACCCACAGCCUACUAAUCAGCAUCUUCAGCAUCAUACUACUAUAUCAUAAUUCCGACCUAGGCUAUUACUAUAACACUGCAUUUUCCACAGACUCCCUAUCAGGCCCCCUACUAGUUUUAUCCUGCUGACUCCUCCCCCUUAUAAUAAUAGCAAGCCAAAGUCACCUUACCAAAGAAAAUAGUAACCGGAAAAAAACUUACUUAACCAUACUAAUCACACUCCAACUAUCACUCAUUAUAGCAUUCUCAUCUUCAGAACUCAUUAUAUUUUACAUUCUAUUUGAAACCACACUCAUCCCUACUCUAAUUAUUAUUACACGAUGAGGUAAUCAAACCGAACGACUAAACGCAGGCUUAUACUUCCUAUUCUAUACCCUAAUAGGUUCACUCCCCCUACUAGUAGCACUGCUAUUCAUACAUAACAACCUAGGAUCCCUACACAUCCUAACUACAACCAUAAUACCAAACACACUAAACUUCUCUGCUCCUAACUCAAUUCUAUGAUAUGCAUGCAUAAUCGCCUUCAUAGUAAAAAUACCCCUAUACGGCCUCCACCUAUGACUUCCUAAAGCCCAUGUAGAAGCCCCCAUCGCAGGAUCUAUAGUCCUAGCAGCUAUUCUACUAAAACUUGGAGGCUACGGAAUCAUACGCAUUACAAUCUUCACCGAACCAAUUACCAUACAUCUAUCAUAUCCUUUUAUCAUUUUAUCAAUAUGAGGUAUGGUCAUAACAAGCUCCAUCUGCCUUCGCCAAACAGACCUCAAAUCCCUAAUCGCUUACUCCUCAGUAAGCCAUAUAGGCCUAGUAAUCAUCGCAGCCCUUAUACAAUCUACUCUAAGCUUCAUAGGUGCUACAACCCUAAUAAUUGCUCACGGACUAACAUCCUCCAUACUAUUCUGCCUAGCCAACACAAACUACGAACGAAUUCACAGUCGAACCAUAAUCCUUGCUCGAGGCCUACAAACAAUCCUUCCUCUAAUAUUCGCCUGAUGAUUGUUAGCCAGCUUAGCUAACCUAGCCCUACCACCAACUAUUAAUCUCUUAGGCGAGCUAACAGUAAUUAUCUCAUCCUUCUCUUGAUCAAACUUUUCCAUUAUCCUCCUGGGCCUUAACACCGUAAUCACAGCACUCUACUCACUUCACAUACUAACCACCUCACAACGAGGCAAAUUCACUCACCACACCUACCCAAUUAAACCAUCCUUUACCCGAGAACAUAUCCUAAUAGCCCUCCACCUAAUUCCAUUACUAAUCAUCUCACUAAAUCCCAAAAUCAUUCUGGGUAUUACAUAUU